AUGGAGAUGAAUUCCAAUGAGAAAAAACAAAUUCCAACCAACAUUGAACAAGAUGCGACCAUGCUUCAUACAGAGCUGCAAAAGGUGCAAAAUUCACUGGCUGCUGAGCGAUCACUCAACCAGAGCCUGCAACUUGAACUUGAUGCUACCAAUGCAAGACUAGAUGAGCUGAAGACGGAAUAUGACAAUGAGAAGAAUGUCUCGUUUAAUUUGAAGUAUGAGCUGGACGAUGUCAAGGGAAGCCUCAAUGAGGCGUUUCAUUCAUUUGACCAGUUGAACCAGUCAAGAAAGGAAUUUGUUGAGACUACUGAACUCAAGCUGUUGAAAGAAGUUGAUGUGAAGAUUGCAAAAGACCUGACACCAGAAAUGAAAGAAAUUGUAGAAGAUCUGCAGAAGCAAAUAAAAUCCUGGCAAACUAAAUACGAAGAAUCGUCUUUGGAACUAAUUUCUGAGCGUCAGAAAUUGCUGGAUGCUCAGCACAGCCGGUCUGAGAAUUUCUACUUGCAACGUGACAAUAACAAACUACAGAAGCAACUUUCUGUAAUGCGGAAACAACUGCAGGACUUGGAAUCCCGCCAGGAAAUUCAGAAGAUUACAUUGGAAACGGAUCAGAUGACCAAAAAGCUGAUUGAGGACCGCAAGAAAAGUGAGGAACAACAUCUUCGAGAUGAUCUGAACGCCCUUCGUAAAGAGCUGCAUGCCGCUCAAGAGAAGGUAAAAUCGCACGAAGAACUUGUUGCCGAAGUGAAACAGCUGCAGGAGAAAAUAACUGUACUGCAAGUUACAGGUACUGUAAAGGCCGCCCCUCUGGAUGCAAUGGUCAGUUCUAAUGAAGAGGCACACAGUGAGGUCAGGCUGGAUGAAAAGUUCAAAUAUGAAAAUGGGAAGGAGGGAGAAGAGAAAAACAUCUUGAGUCUUAACAAGCAGGAGAGGAAUAGUGACAAUCUAAAGAGACUUGGAUACGAAGAAAUGAGACAAGAGAUAGAUGUUCUGGCCAGAGAGUUGGCUGCAGCUCAGAAAGAGGCUCACCUUGAGAAAGAACAGCUGAAGACCGUCGUUACGAAUCAAACUGAGACAAUACAGGUUCUCUCCCAGAGAAACGCCCAACAGGAAUCAACAUGUGAGACCAUUCAAAAUGAAUUGAAAAACAUGAAACUGUCUUUGUCAAUUAUCACAGCUGAGAGAGAUUCACUGAGGAAAAGGCUGCAUCUUGCAGAAAAGUCUGCAACAGAUACAUACAGAUGUAACACCUGCAAAGACCCAGCACAAAACUUAGAUACCAAGGCAUUUUGCGUUUUUUUUUUUAUCUGCUGA